AUGUCAUUUCUACAUUCUCAUUCUUGUGAGUGCUUAAAGUCUGAGUUAGAUCUAUUCUCGAUACCUCCUACACAAACCUCGAUAGAAAUCUCUCAAUGGGUACACUAUAAACCGGUAUCAUCCCUUACCGAUGACCUGCCUAUAGAAUUUCUCGUCCCUGGUCAUGGUGAUGAAUACAUUGAUUUGGCUCACACAAUGCUAAAUCUUAGGGUGAAAUUAAUAACACCACCUAGGGUUGCUGCAAAUGCCGAACAAUUGGAUAGAGUUGGUCCUGUAAACAAUCUAUUACAUUCUUUAUUUAAUCAAGUGGAUGUCUAUUUUAAUCAAAAAGUUGUAUCUCCACCCAGUAAUUCUUAUGCUUAUCGGGCAUACAUGGAAACUCUACUUAACUAUGGUCCUGCUGCUAAAAAUAGUCAUCUGACUACCUCUAUUUGGUAUAAUGACACACCUGGAAAAAUGGAUGAUUUCGAUGAAAAUGUGGGAUUAAAAGCUCGCCAAAAAUAUUUAAGUGCUGGUAAACCUAUUGAUCUUAUUGGACACCUGCACUGUGAUGUUUUUAACCAGGACAAAUUUCUUAUCAAUGGUGUUGAAUUGAGGCUACGACUAGUACGCUCAAAAGAUUUAUUCUGUCUUAUGGGAUGGCACAAAUGGCUGUAG